CACAGAUGAAGUAUCUUGGGUUAGUCAUAAGUAUCUUUGGUUACAUCCUCUGCAAGAGCGGACGUGCUGUGUGACGUGUAGAAGGGGCGGAAGGGGAUGUUUGUGUUUUGGUCCUAAAUGGGAAGUUGCAAGAAGAAAGAAAAAGGAGGAGACGUGAUCUGGGUUGUUUAAAUUAAUUGUAGGUUUAACAAUACGUAUCCGUACUGCGCCCUUUAAUUUGUUUAUAGACUGUCGUGGUGGUAUUCUAUGUUCACUAACACCGCCUAUCUCUCAGGUAUAGUCGAAAUGAUGUGACAAGUUGUGGAUUUCAGCUCGUUAGUUGUCAGCUGGCUAGCUAACUUGCUAUGCUAACAUUACAUGUCUGAUGAGAAACGCAAAAAUAGGCCGCGGCUCCGACUUGGGAAGGACUCUAACGUUAGCUAACAAAGGGUUUGUCAGUUCAAAGUUCUGACUUAAACAGUGUUCAUAAUAAUAUAUAUUGGUUGUUUGUCCUCGUUUUGUUGAUCAUGACGGAUAUCGGCUCGUCAUACGCUUCUGCUUGCUAGCUAUCUAUCUUCUUGAAAAUGUAGCUUGCUAGCCAGCCACCUCCAUCAUCAUCACACAUUCGCAUUCUGACUUGUUUUGCUAGUUUGCCACCCAGUUAACGUUAUCUAGCUAGCUGCUUAGCAAGACGGUCAGCAAUCAGGUAGCUAGUAUGUAACGUUAGCUAGCAUACGUUAGCAAUUCUGAUGUUGAUGUAGCUAAAGAUAGCUAACGUUAGUUGGGUAAGCGUUUGCUUCUAUUUGGAAAAAUGGCGUCCUCUCAAUUUUCCAGCAAGCUAGCUACGAAAAUAAAGCAAAGAGUAGCUCACGUUAGCUAUACUAGUAGCUAGUUAACUAGCUUGGAAAUUUGAUUUAUCCAUGCUAGCAUGGAUUCAUAACAGUGCUGGUUGAGUUCCCACCUUGAAGGCAACAGCCAGUACAGCCCGUUGCUGUCAGCCUAUUGCGCAUGUUUAUCUUUUAGCUUGUCGCUAUUAGAUGUAGCUAGGCAUUGGCAAAUCCAUUUACAUUGGAAGGCAUUCUUAAAACAUCACUGCAAUGCCUUGCCCGUAAGCCUGUAUGCGAUUGUAAAUGUCACCUUGCUGAGUAGUGUUUUCCUCUUAUGACAAAUGAUGUGUGUGAGAAUUGGCGAGCUUGAUGUACAUUUGUCAUUUGAGGGGUACAAUUUCAGCUCCUAGACUGAGAAUGUUACUUUGUGUACCCACGGGGCUUGGAUGGUUUUGAUUGGAAACGCAUAUGGGAAGUUCAGAGCCAUAUCAUGCUGUCUUUUUACUACUGCCAACAUGAAAUAUUUCCAUAUUAGGCACACGACCUCUGUCAGUUACAUUUGAACUGGGAAAAUAUCUGUCAGUUCAGCUCCUUCUCUGUGAUAUACCACUCUGAGACUGGUCAGCUAGCUAGGUUUGACUGGCAGUGUGGCAAGGAAAGGGGGGGAUACCUAGUCAGUUGCAUAACUGAAUGUAUUCAACCUUUCCGUUACUGGCCCAACGCUCUUAACCGCUAGGCUACUUGCUGCCCCAACCAUGUUUAUUUUUCUGCAUGUUUUUCUCUCGCUCUUGUCCAGUGGAGACAGGAGAAUCUAUCCAUUGUCUAAUUCCUUGAGGAAGGAGGGAAAGAACAUGUCCAGUCAAUUAUGUAGUUAAUCACUUUAAUCCACAAAUUAAUGUUUUUUUUGGGCUAAGUAGAUUUUUUUGUGAGGCGUGUCUGGACUCAGAUAUCAAGGUUUCUUCCUCUUCUCUUUUGAGAAGCAUGUCCACCCCUGACUCACUCAUAGAGGAUGUAGACUUAGGCCAGGGUAAAACUACGCAUGUCAAAAUGACUUUAUGAAAACAUCCUUAUCUCUACUUCAAAACACCCUUAUCUCUAACAGACCUGACAUAGCCCUAGUUAAAAAUAUAAUCAGAGUCACAUCAAUCAUUGUUUUUCCUCUAUCACCUCCUCCAGCUGAAGCCCUGACGUGCGGGACAGACACUGACCGGGGUAUCUGACUAGGUCAUGGCCAACAGGGGAGGAGCUACGAGACCCAACGGGUCUAAUGCUGGGAACAAGAUCUGCCAGUUCAAGUUGGUGCUGCUGGGGGAGUCGGCGGUGGGAAAGUCCAGCCUGGUGCUCCGCUUCGUCAAGGGCCAGUUCCACGAGUUCCAGGAGAGCACCAUAGGAGGUGACUUACGACUGCACUCAUUUAUGCACUUAAGCCUGCUUUUUACAGUUCACGUCUAUUAUGUAUUUGACAUCUCUCUCUGCUCUCCUCCCCAGCGGCCUUCCUGACUCAGACGGUGUGUCUAGACGACACAACGGUGAAGUUUGAGAUCUGGGACACAGCUGGACAGGAGCGCUACCACAGCCUGGCGCCCAUGUACUACAGAGGGGCGCAGGCUGCCAUCGUGGUCUACGACAUCACAAAUGAGGCAAGUGGUGUCAUGAUGUAACUUAUGCAACCUUCCUUCAUCAAAAUGAUCAUUGAUCUCACAUAUUUGGAUAGGUGGUCACACUUGUUAUUCCCUCAUGCUGGAUUAUUCACAUAGCUUUGGAAGUUGUGAGUACCAUGUCUCUUGUCUCCAGGAGUCAUUUGCGCGGGCCAAGAACUGGGUGAAGGAGCUGCAGAGACAAGCCAGCCCCAGUAUUGUCAUCGCUCUGUCAGGCAACAAGGCUGACCUCGCCAGCAAGAGAGCAGUCGACUUCCAGGUGAGCCCUCCAAACGCCUUUACCUGUCUGGUGUCACUAGAACACACCGGUGUGUGUGUGUGUGUGUGUGUCUGAGUUUGACAGACAGUGGUUGUUUUCCCAGGAUGCCCAGUCUUAUGCAGACGACAACAGCUUGCUCUUCAUGGAGACGUCGGCCAAGACGUCUAUGAAUGUGAACGAGAUAUUCAUGGCUAUUGGUAGGUACCUCUCACCCCGUGAUCUGCAUCACUUUACUGAUCUAUAAUUUAAUAGGGCCCUGCACAAGCAAAUGCUCUAAUACAUACAUGUUUUGAUCUAGUGAUCUUCAUCAGUAGCUGGCAUUUGUGAAGUUGUUUUAUUGUUUUCCCUCCGUGCUCUAGCAAAAAGAUUGCCCAAGAGCGAGCCUGCAGCCGCUGGAGCUAACAGCGGGCGGAACAGGGGCGUCGACCUAACGGAAGCCGCCCAGCCAACCAAGGCCCCCUGCUGCAGUAACUAAUGCGAAGCCCCACCCCCCCCCCACUUCAGUAACUAAUGCGACCAAUGCCCGACUGCCGCUGCAGUAAACUAAUGCGACGUUUUUUCAGAGUUGUUCAUCGGAAUUAUGGAUGCAUGUAUCACU